UCUUUAUGGUCCUUCUGUAGUUCUAACGUGGGUCAGCUACUUGUUCAAAGUCCCUGCUUGAGACAUUUUGGAGAUAUUUAUCCUUCAAAGCCGCCAUGGGUCACAGCAGCAUCUGCAGGGUUGUCCUGCUUCUCUUUAGUGUCCUGUUAGCCCUUGCACACACAGAGACACUGUUGGCUGCUUCCAGUAGAGACCAGCAGGAUGCCAUGUCUGGAGAUCCUCCCACUGAAGUUACAACUAAAAACCCUUUCCUGGACAUCUCAGCACAUACCUACAGCUUUGAGUUUGAGGAUUCCACACAUCCACCGAUCCUGGACGAGGACGAAGGUGUUCUGGGAGCGGGGGCCAUAACAGCCAUAGUUAUUGCAGUGUUCCUGGGAGCAUCGGUCCUCCUCGCCCUUAUCGUCAUCACCAUCAGGAAGUUCACAGCCUCCUAGAGAGAAAAACAUCUCCCUUUUUGUAUGCAUGGAUGUAUCUUUGUGUGUAUCUGUGUUUUUUUUUAGUUGUGUGAGAGUUUGAGUUUCUGCCUUUUGUCUUUCACAUCAAACCCUCAGCUCGCCCCCUCGUAUUUCGUUUUGAGAUGAGAUGUUUGUGCCACAGAAGAAAUGGCAGGUCCCUUCAAAAAAAAAACAAAAAAA